AUGCACGCACAAUCUCGCGCUCGCAUCCUCAAGCAAGCCUGCACUGCUCUCGCGCUCCUGCUCGCCGUGACGAGCACGGUGGCCAGCGCCCGUCCGGCACGUCACGGUUCCCCGCCCCCGUCCCACAGCUCCGGCCAGACGAUCACGCUGUUCACCACCGGCGUCGCAUCGCCGAAAACCGCAGCUCCUUCCACGCGGCACCCCGUCUUCACGAAGCAGGGGCCAAUCGGCCACUCCGGCAGCUGGCUGCGCGCCUUGACGAGGCCGGACGCACUCCGGCCCGGCGCCGUGACCGUGGUCGACGAGCAGCUCCGCGGCAGGAAGGAGUUCGGGCUGCCUCUGGAUGGGAGGCUGCAGGGCGUCCUCGUCACCAGCUUGGCAGACAACAGCAGCCAUAUGGUGGCCGUGAAGGCCUCGUUUGCCGGCGACGGCGCGGGCGACAGCCUCAGGUUCUUCGGCGUCCGCCGCGAUGAUCAGGAGUCUCACAUCGCGGUCGUCGGAGGGACGGGGCGGUACAGUGACGCCACCGGCUUUGCUGUUGUCAGAGUUGCUGGUGUAACAGAAAUGGGUGGGAAUGUCAGCUCAAGCAGAGCGCUCAGUAUCAGUGUGCAUCUUAAGUAG